UGCUUAUUUCCUUUCACUUGAUUUUUUUUCCUUGUCACUUGCUCCACACAUUUGUUCUUGUCAGCCAUCCGAAAGAUGGAAAACUCUCUGCUGAUGACUCUUACGGCGCUCCUGCUCCUUGGAGUUCAAGGAAUCUCAGCUCAGACCCAGACCCACAACACCACAAACACCUCAGCCCCAGAGUCUAUUAAUGUUACGACAUCCAAUGCCCCACAGAUCACAUGUCCGAAAAUCCCCCAAAUUAUUACUAUGUCUGUUCUGUACUGGCUGAAAGUAAAAUGGAUAAAAGAGAGUCCAUGUGAAGGUCAGCUGUUUCUGAAUACUAGUGAGGAGGAAAGGCCUUUGUGUUAUAACAGUGCAAUAUCACCCAGCUGGAAGAAUGAAGUGUGUAACAACAGAAGAUGUGGAGACUUCAAGAAACUUAAGCCCAUUUCAAACAAAGCUGAAUGUUUUGUGCUCAGAAGCAAUAUGACGAUCAUUGUUACUACUGAGUGCGACGGCCUGCACAUCAUGUGCCAAGAUUCUCCAGGAAAAGAGUUAGCUGCUUAUAAAGCAGUAACCGGCCUAUUAAUUUUCUUUAUCUUGAGUGUCAUUCUGCUUCAGUUCAGUCGGCCCAUGUACAAAGCCAUCCGCAAAAGAUUUUCACAAAAACGCCAGAAUCGCUGGAUCGGCCCGACUGAGAGUGUGUGCUAUAACAGAGGUCAAGGUCCCGCAAACAAAAACCCAGAGAAGAGACAGUCCUUUCCUGGUUUGGAGAGACUGACGGUAAACCAGAGCCGAGAGCCCUCAUCCAACAGAAACAGUGACUAUGACUCCUGCGGCUGAAGAUCUGUGCUCACAAAAGACUUACUGACCCUAAGCACAAGUCUCCCGUCAUCAACAUUUACAUUGCACUGCUUCGGUUGUCUGGCAAGUCAAGAAAGGUGUAUAUAUCUUUGAAAAGUCCAGCUGAGAAAUCCAUUUAGUAUAAAAUGUAUAAAAAAAUAUCUAAUAAUGAUUGUCUCAACAUA